UUCUCUCUCACAGAGGGGUCAAGGAGAGUAUAUAAAGCCGCGAUCGUCCGGAGCAAGACAGAGGCUGCUGGCUCAUCUAACGGUGUUAAUCGUCGCGUAAUAAAAAGUGUAAAUAAAAGAUUUCAUCGUAAUACACUUUAGGUUCAUAAUUCAGUUCAAUCGUCGACAACAUCCAAAGAAGACUGCAAAAUUGCACGACAUUCAAAUCAACCAUGUGGCAGUUCAUAAGGUCACGAUUAUUCAGCGUGAUAAUCUGCAUAGGUGCUGCUCAUGGGGUGCUAGUCGUAGGUCCGAAGUAUAUCCGGACCAACCAGGAAUACACACUAGUGAUCAGCAACUUUAACUCAAACCAAACCAAAGUGGACUUGAUAGUGAAGCUAGAAGGCGAAACUGAUAAUGGUUUAAGUGUGUUAAACUUUACCAAGACGAUCGUCGUGCGACGUAAUAUGAACCGAAUCAUAAACAUCAAUAUGCCCGAGGAUCUGGCUGAAGGGAACUACAAAAUUACCAUCGAUGGACAGCAAGGCUUCAAUUUUCACCAGGACGCAGAGCUGGUGUAUCUCAGCAAAUCGAUAUCGGGGCUAAUACAGGUCGAUAAGCCCGUAUUUAAACCUGGCGAUACGGUGAACUUCCGUGUGAUCGUGCUGGACACGGAGCUAAAGCCACCGGCGAAAGUCAAAUCAGUUCAUGUGACUAUACGAGACCCUCAGCGCAAUGUGAUUCAUACAUGGUCCUCGGCAAAGCUGUAUACCGGUGUGUUUGAGAGUAAUCUGCAGAUAGCGCCUACUCCAAUGCUCGGAAUCUGGAAUAUCUUGGUGCAGGUGGAGGGAGAAGAGCUUGUGUCAAAGACGUUUGAGGUAAAGGAGUAUGUGUUGUCAACGUUCGACGUGCAGGUCAUGCCAUCGGUGAUUCCACUGGAAGAGCACCAAGCUGUGAAUCUUACAAUCGAAGCGUACUAUCACUUUGGUAAGCCAGUGCAAGGAGUGGCCAAGGUGGAGCUUUAUCUAGACGACGAGUUGAUAGUUCAGAAGAAAGAACUGAAUGUGUAUGGAAAGGGUCAAGUAGAGCUGCUGUUUUUUGGUAAAUUUGAAAUGUACGAAGAUCAGCCGGAUGUACGAGUGAAGGUGACGUUCAUCGAGCACUACACAAAUCGUACGGUGGUGAAGCUGUCACAAAUAACGAUAUACAAGCAUGCGUACCGAGUAGAGAUGAUCAAAGAGAGCCCUCAUUUUCACCCGGGAAUCCCGUUCAAGUGUGUGCUUCAGUUUACAUACCAUGAUGGAACGCCAGCCACAGGCAUUACCGGUAAAGUAGAAGUAUCCGGUAUGGGAAUCGAAACGACAGCAACGAGUGAUAACGAUGGAUUGAUUAAGCUCGAGUUACAACCAAAUCAGGAUAUCGAAUCAAUGCAUGUUAGCUUUGUAAAUAAUAAUGAUGGAUUUGUCUUCGAACACAAUGUGGACAGAGAUGUAUUCGCUACAAAUGCUUACAUUAAAAUAGAGCUGAAAUCACCCAUCAAACUGUACAAAUUGAUGCGAUUCACGGUGACGUGCACUGAGCGCAUGACAUUCUUCGUGUACUAUGUUGUGUCAAAGGGCAACAUCAUCGAUGCAGGCUUUAUGAGACCAAACAAGCGAACGAAGUACCUGUUGCAGCUGAACGCAACAGAAAAGAUGAUUCCGAAGGCGAAAAUUCUCGUCGCUACCCUAGUGAAUCGUACGAUGGUGAACGAUAUUGUGGAUAUUGAUUUCCAAGGGUUUCGUAAUAACUUUGAUUUAAGCAUUGACGAGCAAGAGAUCAAACCGGGACGACAAAUCGAGCUGAGCAUGUCUGGACGCCCAGGAGCGUACGUUGGGUUGGCCGCGUAUGACAAAUCCUUGCUGUUGUUCAACAAGAACCACGACCUGUUCUGGGAAGACUUCUUAAAGCUGUUUGACGGGUUCCAUUCAUAUUAUACAAAUGAAUUCGACCUCUUUCACAACAUGGGACUGUUUGCCAGAAUGGAUAAUAUUAUGUUUGAUGAAUCCAAUGAUAAAUCGGCACGCAGUGGACAGCAGGCGGACGGAACAGUGUUUAGGAAACAGUUUCUAGAAUCAUGGUUGUGGAAGACUGCGAUCAUUGGAAAUUCCGGUACUCUCAAGCUGAUUGAGGUUGUACCGGAUACAACGACCACCUGGUAUCUGACGGGCUUCUCGAUCGAUCCCGUGUACGGGUUGGGUAUCAUUAAGAAACCAAUCGAGCUCACAACAGUGCAGCCGUUGAUCGUUAUGGAAAGCUUACCAUAUUCAAUCAAGCGAGGUGAGGCGAUCGAGAUACAAUUUAUUCUUAUCAGCAACCUUCAAGAAGAGUACACCGUUGACGUGACGCUGUACAAUGAGAACAACGAGAUGGAGUUCCUCGGACGUUCGAUUUCAAACGUAAGCUACACCAAAUCGGUGAGUGUAUCUCCAAAGGUGGAAAAACCUGUAUCAUUUCUAGUGAAAGCAAAGAAGCUCGGUGAGAUGAUGGUUCGUGUGAAAGCCUCUAUAGCCAUUGGACUUGCAACGGAUGCACUGGAGAAGGUGAUACGAGUUAUGCCAGAAAGCUUGGUACAGUCAGGAGUACAAUCGUUCGGAUUUUUCAUGGACUCGCACCAGAAUCGAACGUUGCCGGUGAAUCCAAACAUCGACAAAAAGGCCGAUAACGGAUCUGUUGGAUUUUGAGAUAGGCAGAACACACCCGCAACUUAGGCAAUGAAGUAAUAACGCCCAAGCAUAGGCAACACGUAUUACAUGGUUUUUCCUGUUAGACAGAUAUCCCAUUUAAACAGAAUCCAGUUUAAAUAGUGUCAACGCC